AUGAUGUUUCUUGUCUGUAUUGCCGUCAUUGUCGCUAUAUGCCUCCUCUUCAAAUUUCUUAAUGCUACAGAUAUACCCUAUAUCCAUGGUAUUCCAGAAGCUUCAGGUUUGCCUAUAUUUGGAAGUUUGUUUGAGUUAGGAGACAAUCAUUCCAAGGCUCUUUCGCGGAUGGCUAAGAAACUUGGUCCUGUUUUUCAAAUUCGCAUGGGAAACAGGAGAAUUGUGGUAGCAAAUUCAUACGACUCCAUCAAGGAACUCUGGAUUAAGAAUCAAACUGCACUUAGCAGUAGGCCUGCAUUGCAUACAUUCCACUCUGUUAUUAGCAGCAGUCAAGGAUUAUCGAUAGGCACUUCACCGUGGGACGAUUCAUGCAAGCAACGUCGUAAAGCAGCUGCAACAGCAUUGAACAAGCCUGCUGUACAAUCCUAUAUGCCAAUCAUCGAUCUUGAAUCGUACACAGCAAUCAAUGAAAUACUACGAGAAUGCGAUGAUGGAAAAGCAGAUAUCAAUAUCAUUCCUCAUCUUCAACGAUUCGCUCUGAAUACUUCUCUCACCCUUAACUAUGGUACACGUAUUUCUAAUUCAUUUGAUCAACUUCUCAAAGAAAUUGUUGAAGUUGAAGGAGCAGUUGCACAAUUUCGAUCUGCAUCUAAUAACUGGCAAGACUACGUUCCUCUUCUCCGUAUUUUUCCAGCCAGAUCCAACGCGGCCAAUUCAAUUCGCCUUCGUCGCGAUCGUUACCUAGGAUAUCUGUUAGAGAAAUUGAAAAAAGAAAUAGUCAAUAGUACUGAUAAACCAUGCAUUACUGGCAACAUUCUUAAAGACCCUGCAGCAAAACUCUGUGAAGCUGAAAUGAAAAGUAUUUGCUUAACUAUGAUCAGUGCUGCUCUUGAGACGGUCCCGACGAAUAUCAUUCUUGGCAUUGGCUAUCUAUCGUCACCACAUGGUCAGGAAAUUCAAGAACGGGCAUACAGAGAAAUCCAAGAUGUUUAUCCUGAUGGUGACGCUUGGGAUAGAUGUUUAACAGAAGAACGAGUCCCAUACGUUACUGCUCUUUACAAGGAAAUUCUUCGUUACUACACUGUCCACCAUAUGAGCCUUCCUCGACAAAGCAUACAAGAAAUUCAUUAUAAUGGAGCUAGAAUUCCUGCUGGAACCUCAUUUUAUAUGAACGCAUUCGCUGGUGAUUAUGAUGAAAAUCAUUAUCAAGAUCCACAUGCGUUCAAUCCAGAUCGGUACUUAGGUGAUACAGAUGGCACACCUCAUUACGCCUAUGGAGCCGGAACCAGAAUGUGUAUAGGAGCUCAUCUAGCCAAUCGAGAGCUCUAUACUUUUUUCAUUCGGCUCAUCUUCGGAUUUCGGAUCCUUGGACCUCUCGACAAGACAUAUGCACCAGUACUAGAUGGAAUGGAAGUUAAUGCAGUUCCAACAGCUCUUGUAGUCCAGCCUAAGAUGUUCAAAUGCCGCUUUGAGCCGAGAAAUCGAGAGGAUUUUGAAUUUUGGCUUGAUAGCAGCAGACAACGAGCAGAAAAUUAUUAG